GGUUAUAGUGUUGGUGAUAUCAAGCAAAUCCAUCUGUGAGACUCUUGGGAAAGAACAAAAAAAGUCCAGUUGAUUUAAUCAGACUGUGAAAGUAUUGGAUGAAAUUGCAUCUCAUUGCUUGGAGCACAUUUCCUGCUGCAGUAAAUUCUGCUGACUGUUAAAGCACAGUAAUUAACUCCAUUAACCACACAGACACGGUGAAAUAGCACACACAGCUGUGGUCACAGUUUGAAAUGCUUAAUGAAGUACUUCUUUAUCCUUGUUGCAUUGCAUUUUCAGAUUAUGCAAAAAAACGUUUUCCGAGUGACUAGAUUUAUUCAGUGAUUCACUCAUUAGGUACAUAAAAAACAAUGAGACUGACUGGUGAGCUACAAACAAUAUUUAACACUAGAAUUCCUGCACAACAUGACAGAUGCAGACUUGUUUAGAAUCAACUAAAAGCACCAUCAUUCAUGUUGAAAGACAAACGUGGAGGAUGAGUCAAGCCGUCUUCAUGAUUCACAACCUGUUGUCUUAGGUUACAAACUGCUAUUUAUCAUUUAGAGCGUUGUACCCCCUUUAACUGGCUUUUUUAAACACAGGAUAAGUUCUUCAGUUAUACAAAACCUCACAUCUGUCAGAACAUCCACUGACAACGUCUGCUUGCACCUCACCCAAGCGUGACUUAUGUGAGCCCUGCCUCGUCUUGCAGAUGGUUUCCAGUCAUAGUUGACUGAACAAGGUUACAAGGUGGUUAUUACACCUGAGCAACUCAUAUCUGCUCCUGGUUUGUAUUAUGCCAUAAUUAUGUUCUAUAGUUGAUGCAUAUUCAGUUCAGAUUGUUGUAACCAGUUAAUUAACAUGUUUAUUUGCAGAAAGUCUCUGUCCUGUGUUGUAUCAUACACUUAAUUAACCAAUAAUGUUGUAUUUCCCAUAUUUUUAUACAUUUCAAGGAAAAAGUAUUGAUAUCACUGAUACUAGCCCAGUAAAUACUUAUUAUUGGAUCGAUACCUAAAUUCCCAGCAUCGUCCAGCCCUAGAAACAGUAAGGAGUAGGCUCAGGCCCAGUUAUUUUAACUAACGGAGUUAAAAUGAAUAAAGGUUUCUUAAAAGUCAAGUUUUCUACCAUUUUGUUCUUAACCCAUGAGAACCCAUGUUGACGUCAGUGUAACAGAAAAACAUCAGAGAUGUGCUGCAUGGUCUACUUGCUUUGUGGUUUAUUCCAUAUAAUUUUAUUUUUUUUUUUAGGAAAAAUGGGUCUGGGCUCUAAUGGGUUAGCAUACAAAUAAAAAAGCUUUGAGAAUAAACAGCUAAAACUUUCAACGUUUGUUUUUAAUCACAGAACGACAAACUAUUUUAAUUGACACCUAUAGCAUGUUUAUUUGAAUUAGAGAUGGAGGGAUGGAUGGAUAGAUUGGAAACUUUCAAAUGUUUCAAACCAAACACUACUGUAGUGUUUAAAAACAGAUUUUUUCGCUUCAUAAUUCUUAAUCCUUCAGGUGUCUGAAAGGGUUAAACGUUUCCUCUCAGGAAUGCAGAUCCAGGAGGUUUUUAACCACCAGGGAUGAUACAGACUCACAGAACGCCUGAACAAGUGAGCUGAGACGACUUAUUUCAUCUCACCGAGCUGAGGGUCCUAAACAGGAGUCAUGUUUCGUGCACCUGUCUGCAUAAGAACUGUGCACCCGACCCGCCCACCUGUGCUUCUGCGGAAUUCGGAGGAUCAGCGAACCCUUGUGCGUGCUGUACUCGUCCCCUUCAAGAAUGGGCUCACUUCCUUCAACCACCUGUCCGAGAUGCUUCUCAGUGUGGAUGCAGACAUUGUCCUUCCCGGAUCGCAGACCUUUGACAACAUUAGACAGGAAAUUCUGAAGAUGAACAUGUACUUGGAGAAAUCAGAAGAGAUAGCUAGUAAGGAACUUCAGAGUCUUGAUAAGGAGACCGAGCACCUCACUGUCACGCAAGGUAAUUUGGAGAGUCAGAAAAAGGAGAUGGAAGGCAGGUUAGCCAAUUUAAACACCCAAAUGGAGGGCCACAGGGCCACUUUAAACAAUUACAGCAAAGCUCUGGAAACUGAGAGAAGAAACCUUCGGUCUGCACAAAGUACCUUAAAUGACAUGAGACAUAAACGAGAUGAAGCCGAAAAAUUAAGGAAUAUUGGGAUUGGCAUGAUGUUUGUUCCAUUUGGGGGUUGGAUUGCAGGGUCAGUCAUGAUUGGCAUUGGCCAGAAAGACCUAGACUCCGCCUCUGAUCAAGUAAACAGAGCAAAAACAGAGGUGGAAAGAUGUGAAACUCAGCUAAGAAUCUACUCCCAACAAGUCUCUGUCUAUGAGGCAUUGAUCUCCCAAGCCAGGACGGCCGUCCAAAUGGUCAACAGUGGAAUUCAUGAGAUCGGGGUCCAACUGAGGGCCCUGUCUAUAAAGCGGGAGUCUACUGCAGAUUUUCAGAGUAAAACUAGAAAAGCUGUUCAGCAUCUGGGGCUUCUGAGUGGGGUGGGGAGUGUUGCUGAGCUGCAAACCCGACGCCUCAUCCUGCUGGAGGCGAUGUUGAAUGUGAUGGAGGAGAUGAUGUCAGCCCUGACCAAGAUGGGGGAUGACCUGGUGCGAGCUGAGGGCAUGCAGGGCAUCAUGCAAGAAAUGAAAAGCAACCAGAGCAAACUACAGGCAGCCAUACAAAAAGAUGAGUCAGAGGGUCAUUACUUCUGAUGUCAUUUAUUGUUUCUUUACAGCAAAGAUAAAAACAAGAUUUUUCAUUUAACUUUUUUUGCUUGUCUGAAUUUAGAAAUUCCAACUUAACUAUCCAUUCUCAGACAUUUCAAAAUAUAAAAAUGUAAGAAAAGAAUUGACCAAUAAAAUCCAUUAAAACAAUGAAAAGCCUGAUUAACUAAACUUUGUCAUUUCAAUUUUUUUAAAACUUCAUUAAUUUUAUUUUUUUAUUUUUAAGAUCAGUCUUUCAUACAAAUCCUUCUGAUAUUUGUGUGCUUUAGUUGUUUCCCUUCUUUCAUUGCAGUUGUGUUAAAAAUGGCAUUUAAAAACAUCACUCCACUGGUUACCUGACCCUUGGCCAUUUUCACUUCCAUUAGACACUUUUGGUAGCCAUCCACAAGCUUCUGGCAGACUUCUGGUUGAAUCUUUCACCAAUGCUUUCGGUGGAAUUGGUGCAGUUCAAUUAAAUGUGUUGACUUUCUGAUGUGGACCUGUUACUUUAGCAUUGUACACAAGUUGUCAA